GAUAGAGAGAGAACAUAGAUACUUAUAUAUUAAAAAAAAAAAAGAAAAGCAAAUAAGAAUUAUAGAAAGACCAAAGUGAAGAAGCCAUAGGAGAGCUGGGGAAUUGUUUAUUGUUAUUUGCAGUCCCUGUUUGGUUAAGCACUGUAGCCCCCAUAGCUUAAGACAAGCAACCUCUUUUCAAGCCUAAUCACAGCUACGUAGGCUUCCAAACUCCCAACACAGAAAAGCCACUUUUUUUCCAUUUCCAUUUCUCUUGAGCUUUAUCUAUUGCCUUUUUCCGAUAUUUUCAGGUUUGAUUCAAUGAGGAUUUUUGAGUAAGAGAGAGAGUUUUGGAGAGGGAAGGACUUGAGGUUGAUGAGAAAGAUAAGUUAAUUAUUUGAAGUCUUUGAACAUUGGAGAGUCUCCAAUAGAGUGAAAAUAAUAGAAUUUAGGUGAGUUUUGAUGAUUGAGGUGUUUAAUUACUGUAAUUAUCAUGGCUGUGGUGAGUCCUGCUCCUGCAAUUACCCAACAGAUGACUCCGAUAAACUUUCCUGAAUAUAUAGUUCCAGGAAGCAUGGCAGCCGCCAGGGAGAUAGUGGAGGAGCCGGUGGCACGGGUACUUGAAGAGAAGAUAUACGUUGCAGUGGGAAAAAGUUUUAAGGAAAACAAAUCACUUCUUACAUGGGCAUUACAGAACUCAGGAGGGAGGAAGAUUUGCAUCAUUCAUGUUCACGAACCCGCUCAGAUGAUUCCGUUGAUGGGUACAAAAUUUCACGCAAGCUCACUUAAAGAUCAGGAAGUCAGGGCUUUCCGCGAAAUUGAAAGGCAAGACAUGCAUAAAACACUGGACGAAUACCUUCUUUUUUGUCGGCGAAUGGGGGUCCAGGCUGAGAAACUUUAUAUUGAAAUGGAAAGUAUUGAGAAGGGAAUUUUGCAACUUAUUUCUGGGCAUGGUAUCAGGAAGCUUGCUAUGGGAGCAGCGGCAGACAAGCGAUUUUCAAGGAAUAUGAUGGACAUCAAGUCUAAGAAGGCCAUCUCUGUGCGCCUACAAGCACCUGCUUCUUGUCACAUAUGGUUUAUUUGCAAGCAGCACCUUAUAUACACAAAGGAAGGUGCUUUGGAUGCAAAUGGUACAGAGCUCAGACCGUCCUUACAGCAAGCAAGCCCAAACACUGAAAUUGGACAAUCAAAUCAUUUGAGGUCACAGUCUAUUACUCUAGGUCAGAAAAGUUACCCAAGACUCACCAAUCCAGCUCAAGAUUUAUUCCGCAGGGCACGUUCUGUUACUUUUGGCCACCAGGGAGGUAAAUCUCUAACUCCUGCUUCCCUAGAUAACAUUGGAGGGCCAUCAACUUCACAGAACAGGUCAGAUGCAGAAGGAGCUUCAUCUGUUUCAUCUGCUUCAUCUGAUGACUGUGAUGCAUUGUCAAGGAGUACUUCUGAGGGCUCCCUUCUGUCAACAUACCCUUCCAGUGGAAUGGUCAAUGUUGGUUUGGUUCCACUUGAUAGAACGGAAGGGAGUGAGAAUGGAUCAGAGUCGGCUCAACUUAAAGAGGAUAUUCACCACUCAACUCCUUCCAGUGUGCUGGACAGAAAUAUAGAUGAUCCUCUCUAUGAUCAACUUGAACAAGCAAUGUCAGAGGCUGAAAAUUCAAGGAGAGAAGCAUUUGAAGAGACAGUAAGGCGUGCAAAAGCUGAAAGAGAUGCCAGGGAGGCUAUACGCAGGGCCAAAGCAUCUGAGGGCUUGUAUGCUGAGGAGUCAAGACAAAGGAAAGAAAUUGAGGAAGCAUUGGCAAAAGAAAAGGAAGAGCUUGAAAAGAGCAAGAAGGAGAGGGAUGAAGUCAUGGAAGAACUUCAUAUUGCCCUGGAUCAAAAAAAAUCGCUGGAGAGACAAAUUGCAGAUAAUGAUCAGAUGGUAAAGGAGUUGGAACAAAAAAUCAUCUCUGCUGUGGAACUGUUGCAAAAUUACAAAAAUGAACGAGAUGAAUUGCUGAUGGAGCGUGAUAAUGCACUCAAAGAAGCAGAGGAGCUGAGGAAGAGCCGAACUGAGGCCUCAAGUUCGAGCAUGCCACAGUUCUUCUCUGAUUUCUGUUUCUCUGAGAUUGAAGAAGCAACUCAGAACUUUAAUCAAGAUCUCAAAAUUGGGGAAGGGGGAUAUGGUAGUAUUUAUAAAGGCUUCUUGCGUCACACCCAAGUGGCUAUAAAGGUGCUGCACUCUAAUAGUUUGCAAGGACCUGCAGAAUUUCAGCAGGAGGUUGAUGUUUUGAGCAACAUGAGGCAUCCAAAUCUUGUUACUCUCAUUGGCGCUUGUCCAGAAGCAUGGACUCUUAUCUACGAGUACCUUCCCAAUGGAAGCCUUGAAGACCGACUGUGCUGCAGGGGUAAUUCUCCUCCGUUGUCUUGGCAAACUCGAAUACGCAUCGCUACUGAGUUAUGCUCUGUCCUUAUCUUUCUUCACUCUAGUAAACCACACAGCAUAGUGCAUGGCGAUCUAAAACCUGCUAAUAUCCUUCUUGAUGCCAAUUUUGUGAGUAAACUAAGCGACUUCGGAAUCUGUCGUCUACUUUCUCAAAAUGAAGGCGCAAGCAUCAACACAACAAUAUGUUGCAGAACUGACCCAAAAGGCACUUUUGCAUACAUGGAUCCUGAGUUUCUUUCCUUGGGGGAGCUUAGUCCAAAGUCAGAUGUUUAUUCAUUUGGGAUUAUAUUGCUAAGGCUGUUGACUGGAAGACCAGCCUUGGGGAUAACAAAGGAGGUGCAGUAUGCAUUAGAUAAAGGAAACUUGAAAAUCCUCUUGGAUCCUUUGGCCGGAGAUUGGCCAUUUGUGCAGGCAGAACAGUUGGCCCACUUGGCGCUGAGAUGUUGUGAAAUGAAUCGAAAGAGCCGGCCAGAUCUUGCAUCAGAAGUAUGGAGGGUACUUGAACCAAUGAAAGCUUCAUGUGGAGGCUCAUCAUGUUUCCGGCUUGGUUCAGAAGAGCAUUGCCAACCUCCUCCAUAUUUUAUAUGCCCAAUUUUUCAGGCGAUUAUGCGAGAUCCCCAUGUAGCAGCUGAUGGUUAUACUUAUGAAGCAGAGGCUUUAAGAGGAUGGCUGGACAGUGGACACGAAACUUCGCCCAUGACCAACCUUCAGCUUGCACACAGCAAUCUGGUGCCCAACCAUGCCCUUCGAUCAGCAAUCCAGGAAUGGCUGCAGCAGCAGUAAAUUAGUAAGAGUUCUCAUUUAGUUCAGCACAUUGUUUAUAUUUGUGUCUCUAUGGCCAAUAGAGAUAUUGUAAGAUUUUUAUUUGUUCUUUCUUGUCCUUGUUAUAUUGUAAGAUUAUGGGCAAUGGGACCACAUACUAUAGUCCUUUUUCUUCCCUUUUUCUGCCAUUGUGCAGAGGACAACAGACAUAAAGUUACAGUGAAUGGUUUUACCCAUUUUUAAGUAGGGUAAUGUUAUUUGAAUUUCGCAAAUAA